AUGGCGGCGUCAGAACCCAAGGGCGAGGACCAGCGCUCUCAUACCUCGGAGCGCCAGUCUUCCUCCGCCUCCGAGAAUGGCGACCCGCCGCUGUGCAAGUCUAAGCUAGAUCCCGAAAGUCAGAUCCCCCAGGGCGCCAUCAAUUCCGAUUCCGAGUCCGGGGAUGUCGGCCGUCAGAUUGAGUUGGAGGCCGGUAACUCCAUCAAAUACCGCACCUGUAGCUGGCAAAAGACUGCAGCGCUGCUGUUUUCCGAAUAUAUCUGCCUCGCCAUGAUGUCGUUCCCGUGGUCGUAUUCCAUAUUGGGGUUGGUUCCGGGGCUGAUUUUGACCAUCUUUGUCGCCGGUGUGGUGCUCUACACGUCUCUGAUCAUCUGGCGAUUUUGUCUGCGUCACCCCGAUGUCCGUGACGUGUGUGACAUUGGGCAGUAUCUCUUCUGGGACUCGAAGAUCGCUUGGUAUUUCACCGCCAUGAUGUUCCUGUUGAACAAUACCUUCAUCCAGGCAUUGCACUGCUUGGUCGGCGCCGAAUGGUUCAAUACGGUCACCGGCCACGGAUCCUGCACCAUCAUCUUUGCCCUGGUGACGGCCAUCAUCUCCCUGGUCUGUUCGCUGCCGCGGACGUUCAGCACCCUGUCCCAGAUCGCCACGUUCUCGGCGUUGUUCACCUUCAUUUCCGUGCUGCUGGCCAUGAUCUUCGCGGGCAUCGAGGGCAAGCCGGCCGGCUACAACGACAAGGAUGGCCCUCCCGUCUUCUUGGCCUUUCCCGCCCCUGGGACGACCUUCGUUCAGGGUCUCAAUGCAUUUUUGAAUAUCAGCUACACCUUCAUCGGUCAAAUCACCCUUCCCAGUUUUAUUGCGGAGAUGAAGGAGCCCCAGGACUUCUGGAAGUCCGUCACGGCCGUCACCAUCGCGGAGGUCAUUCUUUUCAGCCUCGUCGGAUCCAUCGUCUAUGUGUACACCGGAAACCAGUACAUGACGACCCCCGCAUUCGGCUCUCUGAGCAAUGAGAUAUAUAAGAAAGUGUCCUUCUCCUUCAUGGUACCGACCCUCAUCUUCCUGGGUGUGCUGUAUGCGUCCGUAUCGGCCCGCUUCAUCUUUUUCCGCAUCUUCGAUGGCACCCGCCACAAGGGCAAUCAUACGGUGGUCGGAUGGGCCACCUGGACGGGGAUCCUGGCCGUCCUGUGGAUGCUCGCCUUCGUCAUCGCCGAGGUGAUCCCGUUCUUCCCGGACCUGCUCUCCAUCAUGAGCUCUCUGUUCGAUUCAUUCUUCGGCUUCAUCUUCUGGGGUGUCGCUUACAUCCGUAUGAGACGGGCCGACCACGGACCCCACUUCUACCGGAAGCGUGGCAUCCGCGGCUGGGUCGGUCUCAUUGUCAAUGUAUUCCUGAUUGGCGUUGGGUUUUUCUUCUUGGGUCCCGGAACCUACGCUUCCGUGAUGGCAGUGAUCCUAAACUACCGAGCAGGAACUGUCGGCGGCCCCUUCUCAUGUGCCGAUAACGGUUUGUAA